GCAAACAUCGCUGCCAGAGACUUGUUCUUCCUGCUGCUCCUUGUUGAUCCCUCUCGGUCAAUCGCAUCCUCGUCUUGAAAGCCCUUCAUCUUCCAUCAACCUUGCGAGCAUGUACUCAAGUGCAAACUCCAUGAGCUAUGACUUCUCGUCGGGGUUUCAUCAAGCCUCCUCCAUCAAGACUCUCUUUCCGGAGCAUCAGUACGAGCCAGACUAUCACAUGAAAGCGCACUCAAAGAGCAAUGCUGCUCCCGAGCGUGAGCUGCCAGCGCCCCUCACGUGGCAGGCGAUGAAGCAAGUGAUGCUGGAGACCCACACGGGCACCAAGAAGGCGAUUGAGUCAUGCUUGGACUGCUACAAGAGCAACCGCAUGUCCGCCAGCGAUGUGCUUGCCUUCCUUCGCUCCAUGAUGUCUCAGUCAGCUACGCUUCAGACUCUCUUCAGCGAGCAGCGAGACUCUCCCAAGGGAGAGCUUGCCUCUGCCGACGACAUGGCAGAGCUCCGCGCCCUUGCUGGAAUUGCUCCUGCUGCUUCCUAUAACAGCUACGUCAACAAGUUUCCUGUUCGUGAUCACACCAGCGCUCAAGCUCCUGCUCCCCUACCAGCCAUCAGCUUCGGAGAUGUCCGCAGCAAGCCGGCGCCUCCUGCCCGCGUGAGGAAGCCCAAGGUUGUUGAGCCAUCGGAUGCUGAGAGGGAGCUUAUGCGAUGGUGGAGCGAGAAGCGCGUGCCCGAGGUCAAGCGUAGGCAGUACGAGACCGCAGGAUGCGUUGCUGGUCAUCCCGAGGGCAUGAAGCAGUCGGCGUACAUGAAGUUUGUCUUUCAACAGCUGCGUCACCUGCUCCCCGCCGAGGGGAAGGCGAAGUUGCUGCAUCUGAUGAGAUCCUACAUGAGCGACAAAGACGCCAAGAGCCUGGGCGACAAGGUCAAGGCCCUUGUCGACGAGUUCGACGUCAAGUGCUCCCUCUCCUUCGCUCCCGAAUGCACCAUCAGAGCUCCCAAGAAGUCGCACGUUCCCGCUGUUGAGCUCGAGGAUGACAUGGAGCCCGUCGCUCUCCCCGUCCCUCCCAAGAGGCCCCUGCAGGCUCAGUGUGAUAAGACCAACAUGCCGGCGAAGCGCAAGAGGACCGAGACUCUGCAUGGUGCGGACCCGCGUGAGUUUCUUGAGGACGACGAUGAAAGCGCCAUGUGCCCGGUUUGCCGCGGGAGGACGAUCGAUGGGUGAAGUGCGACGGCUGCGGCUCUUGGUAUCAUCAGAUCUGCGUGCUCUUCAACGAGGCUGCUCACGGCAAGAGCGUCCGCUUCUUCUGCCGCACCCCCGGGUGCCGCAAGAAGGGCUCCCGCCAGCUCAACCGCAGGCAGCGCAAGCCCUGCUACCCGACCUCUCCCAGCAUCGAGUCCUGCCCCCUCAGCGACUUUCUCUCCUCGUCUGUGCAGGCAGUGGCUCGCCAGGACAGGAGCGUCGUGGUGAAGGUUGUCGCGAACAGUGAGACGUCGAGGGAGGCGAAGGUGCGGGGCAAGAAGGUGCAGGAGAAAGUGAGGAGCAAGACUAUCUGCGCGUUCCAGCACACGCUCAUUGGGUCGGACCUGCUCUUCUUCACCAUGUUCGUCGAAGAGAUCCGCUGCUCUGAUGGCUCGGGGCGCGUGGAAGUGACGCACGUGGACAGCAACGGGCUGUAUGAGCAGAUGGAGGUUGGGGAGGCGACGAGGGUAGAGAGCGCAGUGAUGGAGGCUUACCUGCGCUAUGCUCGCACCCUGGGAUUCAGCUCAGCUCGCCUGCACCUUCAUGCGGGGUCAGACCCUUCGCAGUCUCUCUUCUUCGCUCGCGGGGCUGGCGGCUGGUUCUCCAUCGACAAGGCAGUCGCAGCAUGCUCGCACAUGCUAUCCUGCGCGCAGCAAAAGGGAGUGAUCCACUCAUUCUUGCAGGAGAGCGCCUCCUCCUCCCAAGUGACCCUCCGCGUACUUCUGGGUCUUUCAAGUGGCCGCAUGGAGGAGGAGAAGGACGGGGAGAAGACUGGGCUGGUGGCGAUGAACAGAAACGAGUGGUACAAGCUGCAGGAGGUGAACAACUAUCGGUUCGAGGAGCUUCAGUUCGCCAAGUUCUCCUCGAUGAUGCUCGUCUAUCACAUCAUCAAGGGUGUCAAGCGCGACCUUGGCUUCUCCUCUCUCCGUCCUCACCCGCAGAUGCAGCAGGCGGUCAGCGAGGAGACUCUCAACCUAAUGCCUUCCGUCGCUUUCUCCCCUUGCGGGGAUUGCACGCACAUGCCCGUGAAGCAGGAGGCCGAGUACAUCCCUGCUCCUGCAUUCGAGGGAUGGCAGGAGGAGGCGGAGAUGGGAAGCGGAGAGAUGUUUGGGUCGGAGCUGCUGAGAGAGGAAGAAAGCUUCUUUCAAGACAUGCCUGUUUAUGGCGAACAGAAUGAUCAUGUGUGGGACAGUUUCUUGUUCUAACUUUGUAAACUAAUACAAACUUGUGAUGAACUU